CGCGACGUCGCGGUGUGGGGCCGGGGCGGGGCCGGUCCCUCCCGCCGGGGGCGGCCGCUGGGGCCGGGGCGGGACAGGGACGGGCGCUCCGGUACCGGCACCGGCCCCGCCGCCGCCCCGGCCCCGCCGCCGCCCCGACCCGCCGCCGCCCCGACCCGCCGCCGGCCCCGGUACCGCCCCGGCCCCGGUACCGCCCCGACCCGCCGCCGGCCCCGGUACCGCCCCGACCCGCCGCCGGCCCCGGUACCGCCCCGGCGGACCAUGGCGGGGCUGGCACGGUGCCAGCGCGAGGCAGAGGAGGUGACGGAGCUGAUGAAGCAGAACUUCAACCGGGCGCUGGAGCGGGACGGGCGCCUCAGCGACCUCGACAGCCGUGCCCGGGACCUGCGCGCCAUGGGCCAGGCCUUCACCCGCAGCACGCGGGCCGUGGCGCAGCAGCAGCGCAGGGGACACCGGCGCUGGCGCCUGGCGGCCUUCGGCCUCGCCGCCUUCCUCCUCCUCCUGCUGCUGGCCCUCGGCCUGGGCCUGUGGCUGCCGCGGCCGCCCCCCGCCAUCGUCAUCGUCACCGUCCCCCCACCGGCAGGGACCGAGGUCCCGGCACCAGCGGCACCUGCGGAGACCCUGCACUAACCACGGGGCUGGUUUUGGGGAGACCCAGCGCUAAAUAAGAACCGGGGCUGG